UGUAUAAAUGGGGGGCCAGGAGGCGGUGGAGGCACCAACCACAGGAAGCUGCCUUGCUGUGCCACCUCUCACAUCUCAGGCAGUCCUGUCCAGCAUGGCCAAACGUCCUCUGCUGCUGCUGCUGGCCAUGGGGGUGCUGGCUGGGGAGCUGUGGACCGAGGCCCAGGCAGCACCCUACGGAGUGAAGCUUUGCGGCCGUGAAUUCAUCCGAGCAGUCAUCUUCACCUGUGGGGGCUCCUGGUAGAGGUCAGACAUCCUGGCCUGUGAAGCUAUGGGUGAGGCUGGGGAGGUGCUGGAUGCCUUCCCAGACGCAGAUUCCAAUGCAGACAGCGAGCUGGAUGAGGCAGUGGCCUCCAGCGAGUGGCUGGCCCUGACCAAGUCCCUCCAGGCCUUCUAUAGAGGCUGACCGGGCUGGCAGGGCACCCCAGGGGCUCUGCGGGGCAGCCGCAAUGUCCUGGCUGGCCUCUCCAGCAACUGCUGCAAAUGCGGGUGUGGCAAGAGUCAAAUCAGCAGCCCCUGCUGGAAGGGCAACUGGGCAGCCCGGCAGCACCAGGGUGAACGCCCCAGCCCUGCCAUCCACCUAACCGGUAUCCAGCUGGGCACCUGUUUCUGGCCCCUCAUGCAUUCAUUCAUCAGCGAGUCUCAGAGCCCCGCGAGGGACUUUCCGGUGCAGCGAAGGGGCGGGAAGCCGAAGCGCAAGGUGCGGAGGCGGCUGGGAGGGGCGGCUCCGCUUCCCUUUGCUGUUCGGGCGCUGGACCCAGAGAGAUAA